AUGAUAGCGACCGGUGGAGUGAUAACCGGCCUGGCCGCCUUGAAAAGGCAAGACUCCGCCAGGUCACAGCAUCCUGUUGACCUCAGCCCGUCGCCUGCUGCCCAAGAGAAGAAACCAGUCAGGCGUCGGCCUCAGGCUGAUGUCGUGGUUGUUCGAGGCAAAAUCCGGCUUUAUUCCCCCUCUGGUUUUUUCCUCAUUUUAGGAGUGCUUAUUUCCAUUGUAGGAAUUGCAAUGGCAGUUCUUGGAUAUUGGCCCCAAAAAGAACAUUUUAUCGAUGCUGAGACAUCAUUGUCAACAAACGAAACUCAGGUCAUUCGGAACCAAAGUGGUGUGGUGGUUCACUUCUUUGAGCAGCAUUUACAUUCUGAUAAGAUGAAGAUGCUGGGCCCUUUCACAAUGGGGAUUGGCAUUUUCAUUUUCAUUUGUGCUAAUGCCAUUCUUCAUGAGAACCGUGACAAAGAAACCAAAAUCAUACACAUGAGAGACAUCUACUCCACAGUCAUCGACAUCCACACGCUAAGAAUCAAGGAACAAAAGCACAUGAAUGGCAUCUAUACUGGUUUGAUAGGAGAAACAGAAGUAAAACAGAAUGGAAGCUCCUGUGCAUCGAGAUUGGCGGCAAAUACCAUCUCCUCUUUCUCGGGUUUUAGGAGCAGUUUUCGGAUGGACAGCUCUGUAGAAGAGGAUGAGCUGGUGCCAAAUGAAAAUAAGAGUUUGGGGCAUCUUAUGCCGCCUUUGCUCUCUGACAGCUCUGCCUCUGUCUUUGGCCUCUACCCACCUUCAUCCAAGACAACUGAUGAUAAGACCAGCAGCUCUAAGAAAUGUGAAACCAAGUCAAUUGUGUCAUCAUCCAUCAGUGCUUUUACAUUGCCUGUGAUCAAACUUAAUAACUGUGUUAUUGAUGAGCCCAGUAUAGAUAACAUCACUGAGGAUGCUGAGAACCUCAAAAGUAGGUCAAGGAAUUUGUCCAUGGAUUCCCUUGUGGUUCCUCUGCCCAACACCAGUGAGUGCUUCCAGCCCAUCAGCAUGGUGCUCCCGAGGAAUAAUUCCAUUGGAGAGUCAUUGUCUAGUCAGUACAAAUCCUCUGUGGCCCUUGGACCUGGUGCUGGACAGCUCUUGUCUCCUGGGGCUGCUAGAAGACAGUUUGGGUCCAACACAUCCUUGCACUUGCUGUCGUCACAUUCAAAAUCCUUAGACUUAGACCGAGGUCGCUCCACCCUAACUGUUCAUGCAGAACAACGGAAACAUCCAAGUUGGCCUCGGUUGGAUCGAAGCAACAGCAAAGGAUAUGUGAAACUAGAGAACAAAGAGGACCCGAUGGAGAGGUUGCUUGUGCCCCAAGCUGCAAUCAAAAAAGACUUUACCAAUAAGGAGAAGCUUCUUAUGAUUUCAAGAUCUCACAAUAAUUUGAGUUUUGAACAUGAUGAGUUUUUGAGUAACAACCUAAAGCGGGGAACUUCUGAAACAAGGUUUUAA